AUGGUAAAGAAAGGCACUGACGUGGAACCAUUUUUCAGUGCCGACAAGGAUCUUAACGAGGUUUGGCCGGAGGUAAUUGCCGAGUAUGAGAGAGUCACAGAGAAGAAGUUGGAUCCGAACACUACUUUUGAAAGCUUUCAGCAAAUCGUAAACGAAAGGUUGCGUGAAGCGACAUCAAAGAGGAGUUCUCACGCCCGGACUGUACUCAACAAUGUUGGAGCAUGUAUAGCCAACCUGGGAUCCAUCCUUGCAGACGGAGCCAGCAUGGCCUUCGGUCCCAGCGCCCAAUGUUGGAACGCCAUCAACUUCGUCAUCAUCGCCGCACGAAAGUACUCCGACGUUCUGGAGGGCUUUGUUACACUCAUGGAACGAUGCGCCGCCUUCCUCUCACGACUCAACAUAUUCCUCAAACAAGAGGUAGGCAAGGCUCGAGAGAGGCUACCGAACCAUCUUCGGAGACCUUGCUAUGACAUUCUCAGCCACUUUAUCAACGUUCUGAAGUCCUCGUACAAAUUAUCAACGAGCAAACGAGAAAAAUUCAAGUUAGUCCUGGAGAUUGUCCUAUUCAGCGGAGAUGCCGGUGUUCAAAGCUCGCUUGAUCUACUAGAGCGACAAGUGCAGGACUUUACAAACGUUCAGAUCGAUCAGAUAUUAGUGGAUGUCAAAGGACUCGCGCGUUACCUGAGAGAUUCGGAUGAAGUGAGGCAACAACAUCAAUCAGAAAUCCGCGAGUACAUGGAGUCGAUAUAUAAGGUUAGCGAAGAAACAUUAGCCAUCGCACAGCAGAUGAAGACGAGCCUUGACGGCCGCAUUUCUCAAGACAAGAACAAAGAAGAUCUGGAGAAGAUCCGCAAGGCCUUUGAUCUGAAAAGCAAUGAAGAGACGUGGAUAAAGCGCCACAACCAUCUCUGCAAAGUCAGGAUUGCAGACAGCGGUCGUUGGCUCGUCGAACGAGACGAUCUUGGGUUUUCGGCAUGGGCUGACGCUCAUGACCACCAGAACAAGGCCAAGAUUCUGACCAUCGAAGGAGAUUCAGGAUUUGGAAAGACUUACGUUUCCUGCAAUGCCAUCUCGCACCUUCAAGACAUUUAUCGAAGCAACAAUAGCUCAGAUCGUGUGUUAAUCGCCUACUACUACUAUGGCGAGAACAGACAAGAUGGUGAAGACAAAGAAGACUCGCUGGAGAGGUGCAUGAGAUGCAUCGUUUACCAGCUCGCAGUUGCGGACCCAGCAUAUGCCAGAGCGGUCGCCGAAGCCUGUCAGCACUCAAGUGGCAUUGCACGAGCCGAGGAAAUAUGGGAUCGCUUUAUAGUCAGGCUCCAACACGCCAUGAAAGGAACAUACUACAUAUGCAUAGAUGGUUUUGCAUCACAAGAAGCUGAGGAAUUGGUUACUACGAUCGCACAGAACGUGUUGUGUGAUAUCAAGGGCAUCUCAAUCCGCCUCUACUUCUCGGGUACCCACCAAUUAGCUGCACGCAUCCCGCAAGAUGAUCAUGGCGUGCGACGGAUUCUCCUUGGGCCGGUGAAAGACCUUGGCAACAAAAUGGUCCGCUUGGGUGCUGGUGAAAUCGAAGAAACCUCAACGUUUGUAUCUCUUAUUAAUGCCAGCGAUCUGGAGGCCGUCGCAAGAGCUAGGGUUGAGGAUAUUGGAAAGAAGAAACCAGACUUGAAGAAUGUGAUGACGGAAGAGAACAUUAAGAAGUUAGUGGCAGGAGUCCAUGGUCACUACGACCAUCUCGAAGCCAAAAUGAUACAGAUCGAUACGUGUGAUUCAGAGCAAAAGGUCCUUGACGUCAUCGCUAGCAUCGGCGACGAUUUGAAAACAUCUAUCAGCAACUCGCUGAAGGUCUUCAGCGAAUCACUGAAUGCCGAACAAACUCGACAAAUCAAUGAGCUGCUUGUCUGGGUUGUCGGCGGCAAGAAUAUCUCGAUUGAGUUUCUUCAGAGCGCUCUCUAUAGCGCGUUUCACAGGACGUUCAUGCUGCGAGAUUUGAUAGCGACGACGUUCUCUGGGUUGCUCACCCUGGAUGAAUAUAGCAACGUCAGACUCAAGUCGGACCAGCUCCUUGAGGUUUUGCGGGAGGAAAAUAAAAGCCAUCUUAAACUUUCUCGAACCGGCCUGAACAAUGUUGAGUUGACCCAGGCUGAGAUCGAUCUUUGCAGCCAUAUCGUCAAGAACGUUUGCGGAAAGCAUGUGUAUGGCAGGUUCAAUUUCGACGACUAUUUCUCUUCGCUGGCCGGAAAGCAAAGAGCGUCCGUACAGGUCGACGACGAACGUCCGCUGGACGUCAUCAUCACUCGCACGUGUCUGGAGACGCUUUGCACAACCAAUGAUGAGGAACAUCUGAACAAGCUUCGCCGGUACGCUUCUGUGUAUUUCUACGAACAUCUUCAGUACUUUGUGGAGAAACUUGAUUAUUUUGAGCCCGACAGGGAAAGUCUGACGGUCAUUGGCUCCAAGCUAUCUCAAUUGCUCUAUGAUGCAGACGCGAUCGUCGACUUUUGGCUGAAGGAGGACUUUCUGAGUACUGUCAGGGCGGACUUUGUCUUCAACGAUGCAUUCUUCGAACCGACGAUAAGAUUUCUGAGGAACCCUCAUGCCGCAUUGGGUUACCAACACGAUCUGGAGAAAGCCAGAUGGGUGGAAUCCGUUAUUAGUGCGAAAUCAAACAAAUACGCCAUUCUGGAGAGAGUCACAAGCAGUCUCGCGAAGAAAUGGUUUGAUUGCAAGACCAUGACUGACCCCGAUUCUUUCUGGCUGUCCUAUGAGCACUACGAAGCUGCGCUCACUGCCUUCAAAGAGUCGGAGAAAGAGCUUGGGGAUAAUUGGAUCGUCCUACUUCAGAUUGGAGAGACCUAUGCGGGACUGAAACAAUUUACGGCUGCCUUGGAGUACCUACAUAAAGUCAAGGCAAAGCACCCCGAAUUGAUCGAUACCGACAAAGAUUUCAAGGAUGUGUACUGGGACAGGAUCCUUCUACCGGAGGGCAACUUUCACCGUGAGCUAAGGGAUAUUCCUGCGGCUAUCAAGUGUUAUCAGGACAUUCUAGCACAGGACGCCGAACAAGCUGGGGCAUACCAUGCAGAUGCCUUAGCUGCUCUCUUUGCUCUCUGGAUCGAAAUUGGGGACAGCGACUCAAUCGUCUCAUUCUUGCGAGACAAGAGAGCAGAAAAAACGCUAUCAUAUUGGCUCGGUAAUAUUAUUGGAAGCCGUGACGAUGUGCACAACAAUAUCAUCAAGGCUGCGAAGCAGUCGACAGCCGUUGAGGAAGUGUCACAAAUGUACGAUGAGGUUAUCGACCCUACGAUUGAAUCUUCGUACGACGAUAGCGACGACGAGAAGAGCUCCGAGCAGAAGGCCUCAGACGAUGCCAACAUUUCUCGCGAAAACCUACGUUUCUUUCGAGCAAUGCUUAAUUUUCAUGUCUCUGAGCGGCAUCACGAGCACGAGAAGGCUCUGGAAGUCUGGGAACAGAUGGUCUUCAACCCAAGCAACACCUCGGACGCUUAUUGGGUGGCAUACAAAGCCCGUCGCUUGCUGGCACGAGCUCUGUUGGACAAGGGCGCCGCCGAGGCGACCACGGCUGGCUAUGUGACUCGGCUCGAAGCCCUCUGCAGAUCCAACCAGGAGAACGUUCGGGGAUUCCGACAAAGUCAACAUGAUCCGUGCAUCUGCCUGGCCAGGCUCCAUUUGCUGAAAGACAGCCAAAAGUUGGCCGAUGAGGAGGCGAGAACGCUCCUUCGAGGUGUCUUUGACAACUGGCCUGAAGACUUAAAUGACCCUUCUCUGAGCAUGCGGUUUGGAGUCCUUGCGCAGAUUCUAGCCAUCUUCAAUAUGGACGACGACGCGAUUGCAGCUUGGCAGGCGCUCAAACCUCGCCAGGUUGAACGGACGGCAACGGAGAAAGCUGAGGAUGUUUCGGAGACUCAGUCAACCCUCACCCAGGACAAGCCUGCUGAGUUCACAGUGCCAACGAUAGAGGCAUAUAUAUGCGGCUACGUGUGUGACAAUUGCAACACAACAUGGGACAACAUGCUUGCCGAUUGCUGGGACUGCAAGCACUGCCUUUGCGUGCAGCUCUGCACGCCCUGCCAUGAGAAGCUUCUCGCCGACGAGAUCAGCCCACUCGUCUGCAGCAAAGAGCACGAGUUUCUCUACCUACCGAAGUAUGAUGAAGAGAAAUGGUCGAGCUUGCCUGAUGACAGCAUCGUAGUGGGAGGGAAAUCGAUACCGCGAGAAGAGUGGUUGAAACAGUUCCGGGAAAGAUUCGAGGUGAAGCAAGAAGAUAUUGAUGCAUAUAAGCUGGAGACGGCGAGGAAGCUGAAGGCGACAGUGUGUAUUGCGAAGUAUGUGCUCAAGUGGAAGAGGAAGAGGAGCGAGAGGCAGAAGAAGAUGAAGAGGGCGAGGACUUUUCCGAUGCUCAAUGGGCACUGA